AUAAAAAAGGGCAUGGGGAGUGACGCACGGGAUCGUCACGGGAAUUCCCCCCCUCGGGGGGCCGAAAGGGGCUUUCCCGGCCGGAGCCCUUUGGCUGGAGAGGAGCAACGACCGGUCCAGGGAAAGGCUCGGAAAGAAGUCGGAACCAGAGCCGCCACCACGGCGGGCGUCUGAAACUCUGGGAAGCUGAACCGGGGCCCGGAGCAGCAAGACACAGCAGGGCCUAGCCCAGAGAUAUGGACAGUUGCUACGAUCCAGGUCUGGAUGGCAUCACCGAAUAUGAUGAUUUUGAAUUCAGCCCCUCCAUUGUGGAGCCCAAGGACCCAGCCCCAGAGACAGCUAAUGGCCCCUAUCUGGUGAUUGUGGAGCAGCCCAAACAGCGAGGCUUCAGAUUUCGAUAUGGCUGUGAAGGCCCCUCCCAUGGAGGCCUGCCAGGUGCCUCCAGUGAGAAGGGACGGAAGACCUAUCCUACUGUCAAGAUCUGUAACUACGAGGGACCGGCCAAGAUUGAGGUGGACCUGGUGACACACAGUGACCCACCUCGGGCACAUGCCCACAGUCUGGUGGGCAAGCAGUGUUCAGAGCUGGGUGUAUGUGCUGUGUCUGUAGGACCCAAGGACAUGACUGCUCAAUUUAAUAAUCUGGGUGUCCUGCAUGUAACCAAGAAGAACAUGAUGGAAAUUAUGAUCCAAAAACUUCAGAGGCAGCGGCUCCGCUCCAAGCCUCAGGGGCUUACGGAGGCCGAGCGGCGGGAGCUAGAGCAGGAGGCCAAGGAGCUGAAGAAAGUCAUGGAUCUGAGUAUCGUGAGGCUGCGCUUCUCGGCUUUCCUCCGAGCUAGCGAUGGCUCCUUCACCCUGCCCCUGAAGCCUGUGAUCUCUCAGCCCAUCCAUGACAGUAAGUCUCCAGGGGCCUCAAACCUGAAGAUUUCCCGAAUGGACAAGACAGCAGGUUCCGUGCGUGGUGGAGACGAAGUUUAUUUGCUUUGUGAUAAAGUGCAAAAAGAUGACAUUGAGGUUCGGUUCUAUGAGGAUGACGAGAAUGGAUGGCAAGCCUUCGGGGACUUCUCUCCCACAGACGUUCAUAAACAGUAUGCCAUUGUGUUUCGGACUCCGCCCUAUCACAAGAUGAAGAUUGAGAGGCCUGUAACAGUGUUUCUGCAGCUGAAACGCAAGCGUGGGGGCGAUGUCUCCGACUCCAAACAGUUCACGUAUUACCCUCUGGUAGAAGACAAGGAGGAAGUACAGAGGAAGCGGAGAAAGGCCUUGCCCACCUUCUCCCAGCCCUUCGGGGGCGGAUCCCACAUGGGUGGAGGUUCUGGGGGCUCCGCUGGGGGUUAUGGAGGCGCUGGAGGAGGUGGCAGCCUUGGCUUUUUCUCCUCCUCCUUGGCCUAUGGCCCCUACCAAUCCGGUGCAGCCCCAAUGGGCUGCUACCCGGGUGGGGGAGGUGGAGCACAGAUGGCUGGCUCUAGGCGGGACACAGAUGCUGGUGAGGGGGCAGAGGAACACAGGGCGCCCCCCGAGACUCCCCAGGGCGAACCACAGGCCCUCGACACGCUGCAGCGAGCUCGCGAGUACAACGCGCGCCUCUUCGGUCUGGCGCAGCGCAGCGCCCGAGCGUUGCUGGACUACGGCGUCACGGCGGAUGCGCGUUCUCUGCUAGCGGGACAGCGCCACCUGCUGAUGGCACAGGACGAGAACGGAGACACGCCACUGCACCUGGCCAUCAUCCAUGGGCAGACUGGUGUCAUUGAGCAGAUAGCCCAUGUCAUUUAUCAUGCUCAGUACCUUGGGGUCAUCAACCUCACCAACCACCUGCACCAGACACCUCUGCACCUGGCAGUAAUCACUGGGCAGACCAGGGUGGUGAGCUUCCUGCUGCAGGUGGGUGCAGACCCCACACUGCUGGAUCGGCAUGGAGACUCAGCUAUCCACUUGGCUCUCCGGGCAGGUGCUGCAGCGCCAGAGCUGUUGCAGGCACUGUUGCACAGUGGCGCCCACGCUGUGCCCCAAAUAUUGCACAUGCCUGAUUUUGAGGGACUAUACCCAGUACACCUGGCAGUCCAUGCCCGAAGCCCUGAGUGCCUGGAUCUGUUAGUUGACUGUGGAGCUGAAGUGGAGGCAGCAGAGAGACAAGGGGGCCGAACCCCACUGCAUCUAGCCACAGAGAUGGAGGAGCUGGGGUUGGUCACCCAUCUGGUCACCAAGCUCCAUGCUAAUGUGAAUGCCCGGACCUUUGCUGGAAACACGCCCCUCCACCUGGCGGCUGGACUUGGAUCCCCAACCCUCACUCGCCUCCUUCUAAAGGCUGGUGCUGACAUCCAUGCAGAGAACGAGGAGCCUCUGUGCCCGCUGCCCUCACCCCCUACCUCUGGGAGCGACUCAGACUCUGAAGGGCCUGAGAGGGACACCCAAAGAGACUUCCGAGGCCAUACCCCUCUUGACCUCACUUCCAGUACCAAGGUGAAGACUCUGCUGCUAAAUGCUGCUCAGAACAUCAUGGAGCCACCCCUGGCCCCACCCAGCCCUGCAGGGCCAGGGCUGUCACUGGGGGAUGCAGCCCUGCAGAACCUGGAACAACUGCUAGAUGGGCCGGAAGCCCAGGGCAGCUGGGCAGAACUGGCAGAGCGGCUGGGGCUAAGAAGCCUGGUGGACACAUACAGGAAGACCCCGUCUCCCAGCGGCAGUCUCCUUCGUAGUUACAAGCUGGCUGGUGGGGACUUGGUGGGUCUAUUGGAGGCCUUGUCCGACAUGGGCCUUCAUGAGGGAGUCAGACUGCUGAAAGGUCCUGAGACCCGAGACAAACUGCCCAGCACAGCAGAGGUGAAAGAAGACAGUGCUUAUGGGAGCCAGUCGGUGGAGCAGGAGGCGGAGAAGCUGUGUCCACCCCCUGAGCCUCCAGGAGGGCUCUGCCACGGGCACCCCCAGCCUCAGGUGCACUGAAUGCUGCCCAGUCAGCUUUCACCUGGAUCCCUCUGUACAGCAUCCCUGCCUAACCGACAUCUUAUUUAAGCCUCAAGCCCACACCUCCAUGGGCCAAAUAAAGGGGAAGACCCCUUCCCAACUUACGGUACGGUAACCCCAAUGUGACACCCAUCCCUGUCCCUGAGUCAGAAUAGAGACAGAGGCCCAGCCAGCAAUUCAGAGCAGUUUUAAUGAGGGUGGCUGUACAAAGGGCAGGGCCCACCAAGAAGGGAAGCAGGCCGUGCCACCCCAGCCUGUGGAUGGGACCUCAACAUGGGCACCCUUCCUCUGUCUCUGCAAAGAGAGAGGUGAGCCCUUGGGGAGAAAGAGGGGGACCAGCUCAGCCCCAACUCCUGGCCUCUGUCUGAGCUAGGCCCCAGGAUGGAGGGGUAUUGCUGGUGUAAGGGUGGGGUGGUCUCAGCAGAAAGCGGAAACUUUAUCAGGCCUCCCCCACAAAAAAAAAAAAAAAAAAAAAA